AUGAGAGACGUACCAAAGUCGGUGGCUUAUGUUGGAAGAAUACUUCUUGAUUUGUCGUUUGCUCUGUGUGCCUCUCUGAUUUUCACGAUUAUUACAAGGUUUGAAAAGUCCUUUCGAAUAAAGUAUAGGUUCAAGAUUAAGGUAUUUGAUAUUGCCAGCAUCAGUCUACAAAGAGUUUCCUCUCAACGUUCUGUUCAACACUUGCGACAAUGAAUUACACGGUGUUUGCUCGUUUCCAACGGCAACCUUAUUUUUUGACAAGGUUUUUUUUUUGGUGGAAUCGAGGUUAGACGUAAUUAUAGAUAUUUAGGGUGAAAUAUUCUCGCCUAGCACUCCAUAUUCGUUGAAUGUUCGGCUUAAGUUUGCUGACGUUCCAACCACGCGUCAGCUCGGAUUGUUUCAAAACGUCAUAUCCAUUCAUAACGAAGCCGGGGAUUUGCUCAAAAAGUUUGCAAAGUCCGCUUAUCUGAAAGAGCCCUCGUAUUUCAUGAAGGUCAGUUGACGGCAGGGCUUUCUAUGAAUCUCACAAAAAAAAAACAAGCAAUUUCUCGACUACCUCUUUUGCUGAUUCAUUUGAAAAAAAAAAACGGUCGCCAUGGCAAAUUCUAUUCACGCUAAUGGAGCGAAUUUUUCUCAUUUUGCACUUCUUUUCGUAUUAUCUUUUGGAGAGCUAUCAUAUAGUUAUGGUGGUAUGAAAAAAACACCUGCGAAAAUUCAAACGGCGACUUUUCCGAUUUUUUCAUAUCGCUAGGUAACUUUCCGACGGCCACCUUUCCGACUUUUUCCCUUUAUUUUUUUCGGUUUAUAAAACAUCUAUUCACAUUUUUUUAUUCCUGUUUCUUUGUGUUUUAAUCAUUAACCAACUACCUACUUUAUAUAGGAAGAUUUAAAACGAAAAUUUUAUCGAGAAAAAAAAGUCGGAAAAAGUUUCGUCGGAAAGGUGGCCGUCGGAAAGUUCCCUAGCGAUAUGAAAAAAUCGGAAAAGUCGCCGUUCGAACUUUCGCUGGGCGUUUUUUCAUACCACCAUAGUUAUUGCAGAUAUUAUGGAUUAUGUUUUUCCCGUUGUACUUUCUUGGCUUUUUCCGCGGCGCCGACGAAUUGGAAGUUCCGAUAACCUUUGAUUAUAUAGAAUAUGCCUCGAAUCCGUCAAAAAAGCUUGUAUAUACGCUACAAGACAAGUUCGCCAACGUAAUUUGAAACUAUUCUCGGUUUUUUUUGAAUUGAUCAUUUUUUGAGGUGGAACAUGCCGACGUUAUCGUGAACGCUCAAUUUGGCCUAGUCCGCUACUUUUUGUACUAUUGGCCCGUUUGCUCGUCGCUUUUGUUGUUCAGCGUUUUCCUAGGAAGUUAGUGAUGAAUAGAAGGUUUCUAAAUCAUGAUUGCCAGUUUUCAUAUCGAUUUUCAUUGGAAGGUUGAUUCUGCUAAGCGGCGAAGAAUCUGAAGAAGUUGAACAAGGUGAAGUCGAACCAGAGCAGGUAGCGGAGCCGGAGAAGAAAGAGGUUAGGAUCGUUUUUAUUAAAUUUAUGCUAUUAUGAACUAAAAAAAUCUUCAAAAAACCUGAAUAUCAAGUUUUGAGAUCAUUUAUUGCAACAAUUAAAGGUAUUUAAUUUUUACCUACUCAGCGCUUCGCAAAAGACGAGUUCGAACCAGAAAAUGCAGACGAAGUUCCUGAAAGUGAAGUCAUCAACAAUAUUCCUGGCUGGAAAAUCGAGCCUCAAGAAGAAAAUUUUGGGAAAAACGCUUUAAGGAGGAGGAAAAUGCUUUAAAAAUUUUGCUUUGAAUCUUAUCAAUCCGUGUUUGCUCAAUCUGUGAUCUUGCCAAUAAAUGCUUUACGUUAUUUGAUUUGUUGAAUCUGCAAUGGUCCGAAACCAUUGGAUAUUUUAUUGAUUUUGUACCUUAUCGCUUCUUUUUUUGACCCCUUCGUGCUUUUUUAUUAAAUUUUUGCACCUGCUCCCAAACCGGAGGCACGGUUCAUUGCCCUCUGCAUUCCUGUUUACAGAGCCGUUAAUUAAAUCACUCAUCGUCAAAAUAUUAUUGCUUAUACUUUUUUCAUAACUUCUUGUGCAUCUUUUCCCGAAUUUCCAAGAAAACUUUAAAAAUGAUGUCAGUCAGAGAGCUAUUUUUUAAACUUUUCUCAACUUUUAUGUAAUGAAAAACGCUAUUUCAAAAGUUUAAUGGCUUGCUUUCAAAUGUUUUUUUGGAAGGUGAAAAAUGUGUUCAUUUUGUGUAGCGCUGAAUGGGAUAAAUGAAGCAUGUCACGAAAUACAAUUUUUUUCUUCCUUAAUGGCCACUCAGAAUUUUUUUCUACUAAAAAUUCAUACUUAACUGUUUUUUUGAACAAAGGCAGCUCCUCUUUUCCUCCAAAAAACUUUAUUGUUUCCACAUUUCGAAAAAAUUACCUGAUGAAUAUUUUUUUUUCAUAAGGUCAUUAAAGUGUGAGCUUGCUGCUUGAAAAUAACACUAAAAAGCGCAUUUUGAAUUUUGUUCGUUUUAUUUCAUUAAAAUCCCAAGAAAGAGAUUUGAACAAACUUUGAUCGUGAAUCAUUCAAAUUUUUUUUCAAACUCCGUUGAUUCGUAUUCAAAAUUUCAGUAUAAGAUUGUAGAUUCGGUUUUUUGCAGUAUGUGGUAAUGCCCCGGAACGCGUCGACGAGAAGAUGUCUUCGUUCGCGGCGGAAAGCCAACCUGCGCCCUGCCUCGGCUUCUGCGGCCGUCAUCAUCUCAAUACCAGCAGCACCGCCUUUUCCGACUGCGGAGUAAGUUUCGGAAUUGGUUGAAGUUCACCAAAGUCUUUACAAUUCACUGAUUGGGAAAAAAAUUUUCAUGAAUAUAACGGAAACUAACACAAAUUAAAGCAUAAAGAGUUUUUUUUGAGGCUUGUGCGUGGGGCAGCCGGACGACAAGCGAGAAAGUGUGGUGCGAGGCUUGCGUGAGUCCCCUCACGGCCUACGAUUGGAUGUACCUAGUCUUCAUGGCUCUUUUCCCCUUCCUGCUCCAUCUCUACUUCAUCCGCAGCUAUCGCAAGUAGUUCGUUUGCACAAUUUAUCUAUCGGUUCACAAAAUUUGUGCUGCAAAUUAGAUUUAGGCUAAAUUCUGAAAAUUUCAAGCUACGGUAUCUUAAAUUAAUGUGAAAAAAGGAAAAUUUCACUCCAACAGUUGAUAGAAACUUUAAAAAAAUGCAAAAAAAAAAAAAAGAAAUAAUUUUGAAUCUUACGGUUACUCAUUUUAUGAUUUAUAAAUUUUAUCAACUAUUGAAAAAAAUACCAAAUUCGAGCCCGAGCCAAAAAAACUCGUGUUGAUAUUUUUUUCAUAGACUUGUUUCAAAUUAAAUUUUUUUUGCUUCUUAUUCACAGCUUUUUUCAAAAAAGUUGUAGCAUUCCUGAACUUACCGAUAUUCGCUCUCUUCUGCCUCUACCAAGCUCUUGCUGUUUUUUUUAAAUCGUUACGGCGAGAGGAAAGAGAGAGCAGAAAUUUCAGACUUUUCCAAGGACAAAACGAUAUCUGUAAGAAGAUUCGUCUACUUAGGUUUUUAAAAACAGAUAGGACCUUUUUUUCAAGUGAACUCUCGAUUUUUAUUGAUUUCAGUGGAUUUUUUCUUGAUAGACUCAUAUUUUUGCAGCUCUCGAUCUCGAUUAUACGAAGUUGUGGAACACGCGUGCUGUGUUCUGGAGAACACGAUCGCCUGUCUCGUUUCGCUUCUUUCUUUCCCGCCAUACUUCUCCUUCUCCCUUUUUGGGUGCGAAAAGUCUAACUUUCGAGAAUGGUAACACUUUUUCCUUUUUGUAUUUGUUAAAAUAAUUAAUAUUUUCCAGGUUUCCCCAUAAUUACAAUCCGGUUAUCGAUUAUACAAAGACUUUGAGAUGUUCAUAUGAAGUCGUUUAUCCUUUGUGAGUUCUGGAGUGAUUUUUUAUCGAGUUUGUGGGCGAGAAUUUCAAAAAAAAUAAACAAGAAAAGCCGAAUAGUGAUUUUGAUGGGCUGUUUCAUUGCGCUCCGAAUAAUUCUGCUCAUUAGAAAAAAAAUUAAGAUUUUAGAAGCGUGAUUAAUAAAAUGAAUUUCACAAAUUUACAUUUUUCAUUAUACGUUUUGAUUACACCGUUGUUUUAGCAUCAUUAAAAAAACUUAAAAAAAUUGAAAAAAAGAUGAGCUUAUAUAUGAAAUUCAUAACUUUGGUUAGAAGAGGCCUUUUUUUUACACUUUUUUUCUUCUCGGAAAUUUUUUUUUACAAAGUGGCCUUUUUUUAUGAUUUCUUUCUGAUAUUUGAAGAUUUUGAAUUCACAAAGCACUCUAGAACCGUUUUCCAGAUAUUCAAUGCCGUUCCUCCACUUGACCGUUUUGGUUGUGUCGAUUGUGAUAUUCCGAAGUAUCGUCUAUUGUACUCUGAUGUACAAGGCGUUGAAUGGGAAACCCUAUUAUUAUUCUAUGCUUUCGAUUCCGAUCAUCGCUGGCGCUCAUGCUUAUCUGGUUCGUUCUGACAGAUUUCACAGAAUUAUAAAUAAAGAGAAAAACAUCAUUCAGGUAUAUGAGAUUGGUAGAAUAUAAUCAGAAUUUGUUCAAAAGCUGUUUUAUUGUUUGAAAAAAAGAGCAAAUUGAACUUUUAUGAGCAUAUAAGGUGUUUGGAUCUUUUACUUUUAAAAAAAAACUAGUGUUAAAAACAUUUUCUAGUUGAAUGUUUGCUUGAAAGCCAAGGAAGUUGGCCAGGAGGCUUAUUCCCAAUUAAGAGCUUACAAAUUUUUUUUUCCUGUCUUUAGAGAACUUUUGCCGAAUCUCAAUUCACAAAACUUGUAGUAAAAAAAUUAAUAAUUUUGUAGUUUUCGGAAAAUUUUAGAUUUGCAACGUGAUAUCUUUCGAUUUUCAAAAGUAGCUCUUUUCAGGCCGGCUUUGUGUAUUAUUCGUUCCCGUAUAUUUUACUUCUUUGGGGAAUUUGUGCAAACGUCGUUCACUUGGCGAUGGAUGGCAAGAGGACGAUGCGCGAAAUGAUCCGUUCGUUUUUUCUCCACUUUUUUGAAAAAAAUCGGCUUUUUUUUCUUCAAAAGUUGAAAAUUUUGAGUGGUGUCUUACGGAAAAAACAAAAAAAAUAAUUCAAGAAUAUAGUUUGAUGUUAGCAAGUUUUUAGUUUUGUUCGAUUGAACCCCUUUUGAAAAGGUAAGCAUAGGACAUUAUUUUCAAUCCAUAUUUGUUGGGAAAAUGAAAAGAAAGUUUAUUUUGAGAGUAGUUUGAUCAGGGUUUACAAGAAAGUUUUUUUUUGACUCAAAUUUCUAAUUUCCUUUCAAAUUCUCGUUUUGUAAAAAAUCAAUCACAAGAUCCAAAAUGUCUGUAAUAACACGGAUUCAAAAAAUUUCAAGCUUCAGAGUUUCCUCGAAUGGCAGUAGAUCAUUCAAGUUUUCUUUUAAAGAGCACCAAAAUUAUAGCUAAAGUGUCCCCUGUUAGGCUCAGGAAAUUGUUCUAAAACUGAAAUUUUCACGCUUUUACUUUCUUUGAUGGAUUCGGCUCAACCAAAGGAGGCAAUUUGUAGUGAGGAUCGUCAAGUCGCCGAUGCACAUCUUCUUUCUUUCGCUCAACUCGCUUCUGCUCGCUUUUGCAGUUGUCGCCAUCAUGUUGCCAUUGUACGUCGCCUUCUUUCUUUUCAUUUGCAUUUUUUUCAAAAGUUUCAGUUCUUUUUUAUUCUAUCAGCUUUCAGUUAUAUUGGUCAUUUAAACUUGAAAUAUUUUAAGAUUUUUGAGAGAAAUGAUAAUUUCAGCAUUUUUGAAGAUCUGAAAAAUCGUUUCAAUAUUUUUUUUGUGGCUAAGGCUUUUAUUCUCACAAUCAGGUUGAAGAUUAAUGGAAAACUGUAUUCUCAAAUUUUUCCUCAAAGUAACGUUCAAUUAGGGGGAAGAUGAGUGUAAAAAAAGUUUCUAGAUAUCUUUAAAAUAUCGAAAAAAAUUUUUACUUCAUGAGAUUUUCCGGAAUCUUCCGUUUACGGCCCAGGAAGUUUAUUUUUUUUUCAAUCUAUUCUCGUUUUCAGCGGCCUGCAGUACGGUUUUCUGGCGAUUUUCGUGGUCCCGACGCCGCUUCUAUUUUACCUGGUGACGAUUCCUUUCACACACCCGAGUUCAGUCAACGAAUCCGAGUAG